AUGUUAUGUUACUCUGCCUCUUGCAGCUCUCUCAUACAGAGUAAUAAAAGAUAUGGAUAUGGCUUUUGUGGAAGUUUGUUUACGGAUGCUACUUGUCUUCGUACUGUCUUGGACAAUAUUUCACGUCACCAACAGGAAGAAGAAGAAGGCGACGAAGUUGGCGGAUGUGGCUACUGAGGAGAGAAGAGAAGGUGGCCCUGACGUCAUAAUAGUCGGAGCUGGAGUGGGCGGCUCAGCUCUCGCCUAUGCUCUUGCUAAGGACGGGCGUCGAGUACAUGUGAUAGAAAGAGACAUGAGAGAGCCAGUGAGAAUGAUGGGCGAGUUCAUGCAGCCAGGAGGACGGCUCUUGCUUUCUAAGCUCGGUCUUCAAGAUUGUUUAGAGGAAAUAGACGCACAGAAAUCCACAGGCUUAAGACUUUUUAAGGACGGAAAAGAAACAGUCGCAUGUUUUCCCGUGGACACCAACUUUCCUUAUGAACCAUCUGGUCGAUUUUUUCACAAUGGCCGUUUUGUCCAGAGACUGCGCCAAAAGGCCUCUUCUCUUCCCAAUGUGCGGUUGGAAGAAGGGACCGUGAGAUCUUUGAUAGAAGAAAAAGGAGUAGUCAAAGGAGUGACAUACAAGAACAGUUCAGGGGAAGAAACCACAUCAUUUGCACCUCUCACUGUGGUAUGCGAUGGUUGCCACUCGAACCUUCGUCGCUCUCUAAAUGACAACAAUGCGGAGGUUACGGCGUACGAGAUUGGUUACAUCUCGAGGAAUUGUCGCCUUGAACAGCCCGACAAGUUACACUUGAUAAUGGCUAAACCGUCUUUCGCCAUGUUGUAUCAAGUCAGCAGCACCGACGUUCGUUGUAAUUUUGAGCUUCUCUCCAAAAAUCUUCCUUCUGUUUCAAAUGGUGAAAUGGCGUCCUUCGUGAAGAACUCUAUUGCUCCCCAGGUACCUCUAAAACUCCGCAAAACAUUUUUGAAAGGGCUCGAUGAGGGAUCACAUAUAAAAAUUACACAAGCAAAGCGCAUGCCAGCUACUUUGAGCAGAAAAAAGGGAGUGAUUGUGUUGGGAGAUGCAUUCAACAUGCGUCAUCCCGUAAUCGCGUCGGGGAUGAUGGUUUUAUUGUCUGACAUUCUCAUUCUAAGCCGUCUUCUCAAGCCUUUGGGCAACCUCGGUGAUGAAAACAAAGUCUCAGAAGUUAUGAAGUCCUUCUAUGUUCUACGCAAGCCAAUGUCAGCAACAGUAAACACACUAGGGGAUUCAUUUUGGCAAGUGCUAAUUGCUUCAACGGACGAAGCAAAAGAGGCCAUGCGACAAGGUUGCUUUGAUUACCUCUCUAGUGGUGGGUUUCGCACGUCAGGCUUGAUGGCUCUGAUUGGUGGCAUGAACCCUAGGCCACUUUCUCUCUUCUAUCAUCUAUUCGUUAUUUCUUUAUCCUCCAUUGGCCAACUGCUCUCUCCAUUCCCCACUCCUCUUCGUGUUUGGCAUAGUCUCAGACUUCUUGAUCUGUGUUUGAAAAUGUUGGUUCCUCAUCUCAAGGCUGAAGGAAUAGGUCAAAUGUUGUCUCCAACAAAUGCAGCAGCGUAUCGCAAAAGCUAUAUGGCUGCAACCGUUGUCUAGACAUUGAUGAAAUAUAGAUGGUGCACAAAUCUUUGUGAAAAUAGUAUUGCAAUAUGUUACUGAAGAAACUUUUCCUUAUCUACUUAUCUACUUAUGACAAUUAUUUUGAAAUAAGAUUAAGAAAAUAAUAAUGAGUAUAAUAAUUCCGUUUCGACGAA